AUGAGUCAACAACAUAUACCUUCUUCUGAAUACCAAAACAACUUUAAUAUCGGUUCUUAUCCUUCAAGCAAGCUUGACAUUUCGGAUCAAUCGAUUGUUUACCCAGGUUCAUCAUUCUACGUUUCUCCAAUGACAACCACUCAACCUUCACCUUCUGCUUCUUAUUAUUACGAUAAUCAUUAUCAACAACAACCCCAAUUCAUUCAACAAGGCAGUCCUGACUCUUCAUUCAUGUCUUCUUCUCCUCCACCUCACCAAGGUAAAAUGAGCACUUGCUCUCCAUCUUCUAUCAUGAUCCAAGACCCUCCCAUGUUGGUUGCUUCUUCUUCUUCAACUACUACGGCAUCCACUAUGUCUUCUUCAUCGGUUGAAUUUUUGAAUGAAGCGUUUGCAAAGGCUUCUUCUUUACCUGAAUCGUUUUAUCCCGAGUUCCUUCAGUACUCCAAGGAGACUUACGAACAAUCCACUGGUGGUGGACCUAAUCGCAAGAAGCAAAGAAAAGCAGGCGACGGCAAGGAUGAAGAGGGUAAGCUUCAGCAAAAGAAAGAUGAGUCUGAUAAUGAAGAAGAGAACAACAACAAUUUGUCAUCCACUGAACUUCGUAGACAAAUUCACAUUCAAUCUGAGCAAAAAAGAAGAGCUCAGAUUAAGGAUGGUUUCGAAGAAUUGAGAAAUGAAUUGCCUGCUUGUUUAAAUAAGAAGAUGAGCAAGGUUGCUUUAUUGCAUCGCACUGUACAACAUAUCCAGCACUUGAAGGAAACUCAAAUGUCUAUUCUGUCUGAAUUAGAAAGACUUGUCCACGAGAAUGAACAACUUCGCAAGUUCCAAGAAAGUGUCCUUCAAAAGCAAGCCUUGGAAAACAUGUAUACCAUGACGAAUAUGUAA